AUGGCUGUGGAAUUCGGUGACCAAGGCAGCGGGUUCCGCCACAACGAGGUGAUCAGGUUCAUCAACAACGAGGUCCUCAGUAAUGGCGGGGGGCCCGACUUCUACCUGGCCUUCCGCGCCCGGCCCUGGAAUGAGGUGGAGGACCGGCUCCGGUCUAUCCUGGCCGACCCGCAGGUACCCCGCCCGGUCAAGAGGGCGUGCACCUGGAGCGCGCUGGCCCUGGGUGUUCGCGUGGCCGCUCGGCAGCGGGAUCAAAUGGGCCGUCGGAUCCAGCGGCUGCAGGAGCAGGUGCAGGAGCGCGAGGCGACUUCAUGGACGCUGGCGUCCGAGCUGCAGCGGGUACGUGGGGAGCGCGAGGAGGCGGGAACGCAGCUCCACUUCACCCGGGCCGCCCUGCAGCAGGCGCUGAGCGAGCGCGACGGGCUGCGCGCGCGCCUGUGCCGCAUGACGAGUUCGGCCCAGGCCGCCCCGCUGGGCCAUGAGGUGGUGCCUACACCUCUGGCUGAGCAGCAUGGCGCCGUGGCAUGGCCCCAGCAUGCAGUGAGUCCGGCCGAAGGGAUGGCCGAGGGAGCACACAGCAUGCUGCCGUCGGAGACUCAGAUGGCAGCACCCACUGCGCCUGCGGCUUUGCUUUACGUGCCCGCGUCGAGUCCCUGGGCCCACACCAUGCAACAACAGAUGCCUGUGCAGCAGCCAUACCAGUGCCAGGCUCCAUUUCCAGUGGCAUACCCAUACUCUACACCUGUGCAACCAGGAGGACUGAAUGGAGCGGUAGCCGCAGCAGCCCCAGUCCCCCAGCCUCUCCCUCAAGGCGUACAGCAACCUGGACAUUGGGGUGCAUGUGCAUGGGGGUCUCAGGAGAUGGCCGUGCCAUGGAACCAAAGUAGCUACUUCCAGCAGCAAGCCUUUUGGAGCCCUCAGGCGACAGUGUCCCUGGAGGACAGCAAGGCGCCCGAAGAAGCACCUCCAGAAUCCACUAAGAGCGAUGACGUAGUGGACAAUGCGGAGAAACUUAAGGAGAUGACUCCCCCGGAAGGUAACCAGGAUCCCAGCCGGGGGGAAGGCCCAAAGGAGCUUAAGGUGACAACUCUGCUGACAAAGAGCAAUAACAAUGACCAGGAGGCUGUUCCAGAGAUGCCACAAGUGACAGCCCCAGCCCCCCAAGGGGCCAGCAACAGCCACAGCGAGGAAGAUGUUCUGGAGAAGUUUCAGAUGAUGACCCUACUCAGCGCUGAAAAGAAUUCCGAGAAUCCUCAAGGGACAGCCACCUGUAAGGGCAAAAGGAGCCCUGGUGGAAAAGAAGGCACAAAGAAACCGCAGCCUCAGGGGCAAAAAGUCACCAAGCAAACGAAAGUGAAAAAAGGCUCAGAAUCCGAGCAACCCAGCAGCAUUCAAAGAAAUUGGGGUUGCCAGUGGUGCAGAGCAGUGAAUUUUCCGUGGCGCACGGCCUGUUAUAAAUGCAAGAGAACCAGCAUGCUGGGUGACUGA